AUGUCCCCAAAGCCAUCAGACAAUCACUUCACCAUCUCAAAUUUGAUUUCACGCUUUCGAUCCAAAAGAAAGACCAAGCGUGCUGUUUGCAUCCCCAAUAAAGCACAAGAUGUCAUACAAGAUUCAAGGCCACCACUCAUCGUCACACCUUUGCCCUUGGUUCUAUCAGAACAUCAGGAGUCCCUGUCCAGGCUUGGCUGGACGACAAUUAGCAUUCCCGAUUCUAUUCCAGGAGACGAAUCUAAAGGAUCCUCUGAUAUGCUUCCUGUUCCUGGGCCCCAUCCCUUGCAAGCAGCGUAUGAGGCCUUAUUCGCCGCCAGCCAAGCUUUCUUCGCCCAGCCAGAAGCCGACAAGCAGAAGUGGAAACACAAGCUCGGGUCCGAAGAAGGCUGGUCCAGUAUCCGCGGAGAAAAAGAAUUCAUCACGUUGCGAACGCUCGAAUAUUGCCCGGAGAUUCUUCGCGGGCCAGCACAGCGGUUUUGGAACUUGAUGGGCGCGCAUCUGUCCACCACGCUGGGGAGAAUCGGGACGACGUUGGGUCUACCAGAGAACGAGGACGAGUCCAAGGGAUUGAGGCAAUUUCUUGGGCCGUGCGCACGCAUGCCUGAGAGUGAUGCAACCAAGACGGCGACCAUGAUUCGGCUCUUUCGCUACGAGGGCUGGGAGGCAAAGGAGGUCGCUGAACCGCAUGCUGAUCUUGGUCUUUUGAGCGUUGUGGUUGGCAAUGUGCCUGGCCUGGAAGUCUGGGACGGAUCUACCUGGUUCGAAUGCGAGAGGGAGAUGCACAGCGCUGGACGAAAAGGCGCGAUCAUGCUUGCUGGACGCCAACUGGAAAGGCUCUCCAAUGGCCGAUAUCCAGCGGGCGGUCACAGGGUUGUCUCGUACGGUCGUCUGCCUGGACCCAGCUCUCCCUCUACUGUUUCCGCGUCCGCGCCAGUCGAAGAGAAGACGAGGUAUCGAUUCUCCAUCGUCUUCGUUCUCCGGGCUCAUGAGCCGGUCUUGAUCAAUUCUGCAGACUUUGAGACGGAGAUUGUGGGUACAUGGCCGGAGCCGAUGAGGGGUGUGACUGCGGGCAAGUUCUACGAGCAGAUUAGGAGUAGGCACUUCAAUAUCAACAUCGAUGUGGAAGAGCGGGAGAAACAGAGGAGGAAGAUUAGGGGUAUGUGA